CGCAGCAAUCGUCCACAGUUGAGAAAAUACAACGCCGCCGUUAAACCACAAAAUACCGCAACAAUGGUUUUGGAAUUACAACCAAAUUUAGAGUCAGUUUUAAUAAGUGUUAACAAACAUAUAAAUAUAGACAAUGCUCGACAAAGAUAUGCUAACCAUUUUGAAGUCUUAAAACAUAUUAUUUUUAAAAAACUGCGAGAGUUUCAGCCUUUUGGUUCCCUAUUUAAUGGCUAUCAAAUGGGUGGCAGUUACGGAGACAAUUUGAAAGUAACCCUACCAGAUGAAUUCGACUUGGUGUUUCACAUUGCCUUCCCGGAAUAUAAACUUAUUAACGUUGUGGAGGAUCACCACUUACCCGGUAAUGUUCAUUUGGACUUUACAAAGGUCCUUAAGAAAAUACGCAAUGAAAAGCAACAUGCUGUCGCUUAUAAACGCUUGAUAGAAUGGUUGAAUGAUCAAAACUUUUUAAUUGUCGAGAAAAUGCAAGCAUAUUUCCAAAGUUGUUUUACCAGAGUAAUGAUUGAAAUGCAAUGGUCUCUUGAUUCAGUUGCGCUCAGUUAUAGAAGGUGUGGCCCAGCUCAUACUAUCGACGUAAACGAAGAAGGUUUUUAUUAUUCUGUAGACUUUGUACCAGGCAUCCUAUUGGAGCAGUCACAAAGCAUUGUUCCCCGACACGUGGGCCAAUGGGAAGCCAUUCCAAAACCUAUAUGUGGUGCGAUUCGGAGUACCUCGUUUAGGUCAUCUUUCUACAGACAGGAACAAGCGUUAAUCAAUGAUAAAUACAACUUAAAGAAUGCCCUACGUAUGAUGAAAAAAUUCCGCGAUAAAAACAGCAAUUUGAGUAAUAUGAAAAGUUAUUUCAUCAAGACCCUUUUUUUGUGGAAAGCAAAAGAAGAACAUCAAUCGUAUUGGAGACAACCAUUAUCGAAAAUCAUAGUCGAUAUGUUUAGGAGCUUGGAAACUAGUUUAAAGAUGAAAAAAUUGCUAUUUUUUUGGGACCAACGUUUGAAUAUGUACGACAGGUACACGCAUAUACAGCUGAGUGAAAUGCUGGGAUGUGUAGCAAAUUCCAGGAAAUUACUUGAACGGGCGGCAUUGUCAAUGGACAUAUUCAUUCAAAAAAAAGUAUAUGCCCUAUUCUUUACAGUCACCCAAACAAUAGUCCAUAAUAGCUGGAAAGUCACUUUGAGCUAUAAUUGAAACUUUGAACUGCCUCUAUUAUUUCGUAGAGAAAUAAUUUGAUCUGCUCGUCAAUGCCUUUCGAGGUAUCUGUAAACCAUUAGUAAACCAUAAACGGACAUUCCAGUUAGACUCGUUAAUCAUGUGAUAUUUAAAACGUGCGAUAUAAUAUCCAUAUCGAAUGCUGGAGGUAGCUGUCUUAGUAAAGAUCAAGAGAAUGUCAGCCUUCCCAUAUGGGAGUAGGUAUUAAAGGAGUUGUUCUGUACAAAUCCACUCUUCAAUAAUAAAGGUUUCAACUGUGCAAACUAUGCAAAUUGGCUCUUAGGCAUGCAAGCACGAAAAUGAAGCGUAGAGAAAGAAAUUAAGUAAUUUUUAUUCAAAAUCAAAAAAAAAUUAUAUUUUUUACAUUUCGUUUUUGUUAGAAAAACUACACCUCUUUUAUAUAUGCCCAUUUAUCAUUUCAUUCAUUUCAUAAUACUUCCAAUUAUUAUCAAUAAUUUAUAUGUUUUUUUUACCUUGCUUAUACUUUUAGUGGACAGGAAUGAACGAGGUAUUCCAGGAACGGAGCCUGAAACCACUUAUUGCAUACCGCCCGAAAAGAA